GCUUGUUUACAGAGACAACAGAUAAUUAAUUAUUAAGUGAUAUACGAAGGAUAUACUGAUCUGUGAUACUGCUUUAAAUAUGGAUAAUGGAACCUCACAAUUGUCUCAAUUCUUGUCAUUUACACUAAGUAAUGUGGAAGAAAUAGAAGAAAAAUUUUUCAACCACAACAGAUCUCUUGAUCUAAUCAAUCUUUACAAAAAAUAUAAAUCGAAAAUUGGAACAUAUGAGGUAAAAAAUAUGAAAAAAUUAUGGGAUUUGGUAGCAAGAGACAUAUCAAAUAUGCAUAAAGUGACAAUUGCAUCAAGCAAAUGUGAAAAUAGAUUUAAGGUGCUGGAUAGAAAUUAUAAAAAGUUUGUCGAUAAAAAUGCGAAAACAGGUAGAGGUCGUACAAACUUCGAAUUUGAAAAAGAAUUUGAAGAAAUUUAUGGUGGCAAAUCAAAUGUUCAUCCCCAGGUUCUUUUGUCUAGCGAAACCGAAGUUGUUUUACAUCUAGACGAAGAAAAUACACAUGAGGUUGAAAAUGAUCCACAAGCACCUUCAGAAACACUAGCGGACGGUUCUAGAAAUGCAGAAAAUAGGCCAAUUCUAACUGCAAAACGUAGGCGCACAAAAGUAGUAACCUCCACAUAUAAAAAACGAAACGAAAUAUUGACAGAUAUGAAGAACGAUUUAAAAACUUAUUAUAGUGAGAAAAUACAUAUUGAUAGAGAAAAAUUGGAAUUGGACAAAGAAAAACAUAAGGAGAAAGUAAAAAGAACUGAGCUUCUUAAGGAACACCUCGAACAAUUAAAAAUAUUCAACAUGAAUAGACAAUAA